AUGGUGAACUCCAUCCGGCACCACAGCCAUCACAAUCCUCCAAUUGGGCAGAUUCCUGUUCCUCACGGCCCUGACACCGGCAAUGAGCACGACCACUAUCCUCCUGGCAACCCGCCGACCGACCCCGAGGAUCAGCGUGCCAUCUUCGGCUACCUGACUCAUCCAGACGAUUGCUACACCGACGACGGCGUUUACUGGGCAGAUCUGCCUCUCAAGAAGCGCCUGGCAUUCGUCAACAAGGUCCACAAUGAAGAAGCAAAGAAGGAGCUCCGCCAAAUUGGCAAGAUGAUGAAGGCUGAUCCCCUCAGCCCGAUCUCUUGGUACAUUCACAAUGCCGUCCUCCCCGGCGCUGGUCUCGGCCUCGAGGGUUAUGUCCUGUUCAGCAUUGGUAACCUCGAGCCCCUCUUCCGCAGCACCUGGCCGCAGUGCUGGGGUAAGGAUGCCACUGUGUGCAGUCAAGACUGGAUUGCUUCGGUCACAUAUCUCGAAGUCAUUGGUAUUAUGGUUGGCCAGGUGGCCGUCGGUGUUAUUGGCGAUUGGAUUGGUCGUCGUUGGGGUCUGAUCCAGGAUGCUGCCAUCAUGUUCGUUGGCUUGCUCAUGAUCACUGCCAGCUGGGGCUUGACCCUGGAAGGCUGGGUUAUCUGCUACGCUUGGUCUCUGUUUUUCUAUGGUUUCGGUGUCGGUGGCGAGUAUCCCAUUACUGCCACAUCGUCAAUGGAGAACGCAGUUUCGGCUGGAAAACUGUCGACCCGCGAAGAUCGCAUGCACCGUGGACGUAAGGUCACCUUGGCCUUCCUCAUGCAGGGUUGGGGUCAGCUUGUCAACCAGGCUUUCCUCAUCCUCUUGCUUCUGGUCCUGCACCACGGUGACGGCGACCCACCGUAUGGCACUACGACCACCCAGUGGAUCUGGCGUGUUUCGUUUGCUGUGCCUGCUGUCGGCACCCUUUGGCUCGUGUACUAUCGCGCCUACAAGAUGCCCCAUGCCGGUCGCCAACUCGCCGCUGCGAAGAGGAAGAGCAAUGUCACAGGCUACGAUAUCGAGUCGCUCAGGUUGACCUGCACCUUCUUCGGUGGUCGGUUGCUCGCCACGGCUGGAACAUGGUUUUGCAACGACGUAUUCUUCUACGGCAACAAGCUCUUCCAGGCCCAGUUCAUCGCUGUCAUCAGCAGCAACCCGUCCUCGGUUCUGACGGGCUGGAUAUGGAACUUGUACAAUGUCAUCAUCUCGCUGGCUGGCUACCAUCUCGCUUCUCUCCUCAUCGACCACAAGCUCUACGGCCGUAAGAUGAUGCAACAGGUCGGUUUCCUGAUGUGUUUUAUCAUGUUCAUUGUCCCCGCAUUCAACUACGAGUAUUACACCUCGCCAAAGGGUAUCAAGGCUUUCCAGGCCAUGUACUUCCUUUCCUCCUUCUUCAACCAGUUCGGCCCCAACAGCGUCACCUUCCUCGUUGCCGGCGAAGUAUUCCCCACUCCCAUUCGCGCUUCGGCACACGGCUUCUCUGCCUGCAUCGGCAAGUCAGGCGCUCUGUUGGCUUCUGUUCUGUACAACUACAUCGACACCCAGACCAAGUUCCACGUUGUUCCAUGGUUUGGUCUCGCUGGCAUGAUUCUCACCUGGCUGUUCCUUCCUGACACCACUGGUCUGGAUCUGAAGGAGCAGGAGCGUCGCUGGCACUACAUCCGCACUGGCCGCGGUCACGAGUACCAUGGCAUUGCCAUCCAUCCUAAGCAUCUCUCCUUGUGGGAGCGUCUCAUGGGCGUUGGCAAGAACUACGACCCCGAGAAGGACCUCAAGCAGAAGAUUGAGGAUAUGCGCGAGGAGUGGACCAGCAAGGAGCGGCUGCGCCGCGAGAAGGAGGUUGGCGGCCAGGCUGCGGGCGACCUGGAGUGUCUGGACGAUGAUGAGUUCAACGAUAAUGUGCACCGCUACUUUAGGGAGACUACGUCGGAGCACCUGUACGUAUCGGGCGCGAACCCGGCAGUUAAUAACAGCGAUGAGUCGGAGAAGGAUCCGGAGAAGGUCAAGAGGGUCAGCAGUAGUGAUGAGAUCGCUCCGGUUCCUGCUACGCCUGGCGCGCAGCAGUCUGGGAAGAAGGAAUCGGCGGCGGGUCUGUCGGAGAAGUCAUCGAGCUGA